AUGCCUGAAAUUGAUAUAAUCAUAUACCACGGUGGUCCGUUGAAGAAUGCCAAUGCGAACAAGGGUUUGCCAUUUGAAGGGCCGAGUAUAAAGACCUAUUAUACCCAAAUUGAUCAUAGGUUAAAGACCCUUGACAAAUUGAAGAUGAUGGUUAUGGAAGAGUUGUGUGAGAAUCCUGCUGUGCAUAACAUACAAAUUACUUAUCGUAUGCCAAGUGAAAUCCUGAAGCACCGGAUUAAUUACAAGUAUAUGGCGAUAGAAGCAGACAAACAUGUGAAGAUCAUGUUUGACAAGUUGGAGAGAAUACCUGAAGUAAUUAACAUUGAGUUGUACAUACAGUUGGAGCCACGUGCAGAAGUUGGUAUCGAGGAAAUCCAACAAACACAAACAAGUUUACAAGUUACAGUUUCGAAUGCUCAAUAUGAGUAUUUUACACAUGUAGAAGAUGAGAUUGAAGACAAGAUUGAACAAGGGGACUUUAGGGACUUUGAGAGGGACAUUGAUGACAAUGAGACAUUGGACGGUAGUGAACCUGAUGCAGACAAUGUUCUUAGUGUCCAAAACAUUACAAACACAAUCCCUGCCUACUCACCACCUGCCUUGUCAUUUUCUGAAAAUACUUGGGAAAAUGUGGUUGAUCCUUCACAUAUUGAGACACCAUUUGUGUCUACUUGGAGAGAGGGGAUGAAUUUGUGCAAAGGCUUGACUUUUGCCAAUAAAGUGGAGGUGCAGCGCGUAUUAACAAAGUGUGCCCUUAAGGAAAACAAACAUUUUACGAUCAUUAGGUCGAUCACGACAAAACAUUGUGCGAAAUGCAUGGAUGAGUCAUGCAAGUGGUAUGUCUGCGCAGUCAUGAAACCCAAGUUCCACAGACUAUGGAUGGUCAUCGUGUACAAAGGUCCUUACACGUGUAUACGGAUUGGGGUGCGAAAUAAUGGUAGAAUGAUGAGUUGUAAUUUUAUUGUAGAUGUCAUCCUUAAGAAGUUAUGUGAGGAUCACACUACCCCAAUUAAGCAUCUCAGAUCUGUGAUAGAGUUGAAAUAUGAGGGACAGAAUCCUUCUUACUACAAGGUCUGGGAUGCGAAACAAAAAGCGAUUGGGAAGAUGUUUGGGAAUUGGGAAGAGUCUUACCAAAGGUUGCAAAAGUUGCUAAUGACAUAUAUUGAUCAGGAUCCGACUAUCCAGGUGUUCUAUCGUACCACAUCCACCGGUGAAGAUGACACAGGAAAGUUGUUGGUUGCAAUGGCAACCGACGCUAACAAUAAGGUAUUCCCUUUUGCCUUUGCUAUUGUGGAUUCUGAGUCAAGGUCCAGUUGGAGGUGGUUUUUACAAUGCCUUAGAGAUGCGAUUGGCCACGUGAUACCUAACGAAGGCAUUUGCAUAAUUUCUGACCGACAUCUCGAUAUCAAAAACGCCAUUGCAAACUAG